AUGGCCGAUUCACCCAGAGCCGUGUCGGGGGAGAGUCCGUCAACGACGGCGCAUCUUGAGCCCGAGGAAGAAGGAAAUACAACCGACGAUGCCUCCUCGAUCGAUGAGCGCAUUUCCAAUUUCACCGCCUCACUAUCAUCAAGUGUUGUUGAUUAUCCUGUGGAGUAUGGUCGCCGGUAUCACGCCUAUCGACCCGGCACUUACAAAUUCCCAAAUGAUGAGAAGGAGAUGGACCGACUUGAUCUCGCUCAUGCGAUGAUUGUCAAGGCGACUGGCAGCAAGCUCUUCCAUGCCCCUCUUGAAUGGGAUAAGGUCCAUUUGAUUCUAGAUAUUGGAACGGGUACCGGACUUUGGGCUGUUGAAAUGGGUGAUAUUUUUGAACAUGCCGAGGUUCAUGGGAAUGACUUGAGCGCCAUUCAACCCAAAUGGGUUCCUCCCAACGUCAAGUUUGAGAUUGACGACGUCGAAAGCCCCUGGGUCGCGCACAAAAAGUAUGACUUCAUCAUGUGCCGCUACAUGACAGCCUCAAUCGUGGACUGGCCCAAGCUGGUCCGAAACAUUUAUGACCAUCUAAACCCGGGCGGUUGGGUAGAGCUCCUGGACAUGAACCCCGAGUUCUACUCCGAGGACGGCAGCUACACGAAGGAGCACGCCACGUACAAGUGGAAUCAAGGCUUUCUCAGCGCCAUCAGGGCUGUGGGACGCGACCCUACUCCGGGACCCAAGCACGAAAACCGAGUCAGAGAGGCAGGCUUCACCAAUGUCACGGCCGAAAAGUACAAGGCGCCGCUCACGCCCUGGGUUAAAGACCAACAUUACAAAGACUUGGGUAUGAUGAACCUGGUUUUGACUGUUGACGGGUUAGAAGGCUUCUCUAUGAAGUUGUUUACUGAAGUCCUUGGACGGACGAAGGAGGAGGUGGAAGUGGAGAUUAUGAGUGUGAAGAAGGAAUUGAAAGCCAACCCGCCCCCUUUCCAUGCCUUGGUUGAAUUCGACGUUGUGUAUGGGCAAAAGCCAAUCACGCAGUCGAAAGAUUAA